AUGGAGUCUCAUGUUUUAAAUGUGUAUCAUCAUGCUCGCUACCGCACAAUAGAUCAUAAGAUUAUGCGUACAACAAGCGAGUCGCUAUCAUCAGAAGGUAGCUGUGACCAAAACAGUCCUGAAUACCCACAGGAUCAGGCAUCCCGUCAACAUGAGGAAAGUAAUGAAGGAGAGUAUUGGAAUAAUCAAAACAGAAAUUUGUGGAGCCAAAAUCAGAAGAUAAAUAUAACUAAAAGCCAUGAUUCAAGUAUAGAUGAGGAAGAAAUUGAUGUACAAGAAGUAUCCAUAGAUGAAAGAAUUGAUUCAUCUGAUAAUGAGGUGGAUCCAGAUUCAGCUGAAGAUACCUCUCUUGUCGAGGGUGCAGAUUAUGAUGUUAUCCAGGUAUUUGCUGUUGACCCAGAUUUAGAUUUGGAAGGUUCCUCUGAAGAUGAAGAACUAGAACAUGAUGAUGAACAGGAAGAUGAAGAAGAAUACCUAAAUUCGGAUGACAAAUCCAACUACACAGAGACUGAUAAUUCCGUUUUGUACCAUCAAAACCCCACAGAUAAUAUAUGUGAAGGUAAUUUAGACAUUAAUUUAGAUGCUUCUAUAGUUUCAAAUGUUGAUGAAUAUUUUAUAGAGGAGAAAGAUAUAUUGGCUGUUAAAGAUGAGCCUGUUGUUAAAGAUGUUGAUGAGUAUUUCAUUAAAAAUGUCAAGGAACUUACACAACCAACUAUUGAGGAAGAUUUCCUAAUACCUGAAAAAUUGCCAGAUGAAUUGGACUUUCGGAUACAAAAAAAUGUCCCUGAUGUUGAAGAAUUUUUUGCAGUUGAUCAUAAUGAUGAUAAAAGCGAAAUUAUUAAAGUCAUUAUUCCCGAUUCAGAAACAGAAAUAGAGCCAGAAUUGCCUAUUAAUGAAACAGAAUUAGAGCCAGAAUUGCCUAUUCAUGAAACAGAAAUAGAGCCAGAAUUGCCUAUUAAUGAAACAGAAUUAGAGCCAGAAUUGCCUAUUCAUGAAACAAAAAUAGAGCCAGAAUUGCCUAUUAAUGAAACAGAAAUAGAGUCAGAAUUGUCUAUUAAUGAAACAGAAAUAGAGCCAGAAUUGCCUAUUAAUGAAACAGAAAUAGAGGCAGAAUUGCCUAUUAAUGAAACAGAUCUUGCAGGCUUGCCUAAUAUUGAAGAUUUAAAAAGAUAUCUGUUAGAAGAUAUGCCAUAUAAUAAGUUGAAAAAUGCUCAAAGAUCAUGCAGCGUACCUCAUUCCCCAAUGCAUAAUCUUUGUUUAGAUAUAGAUUCUAAAACUUGUUUAAGCUUUGAAGAUUUGAAUCUUGACUUAUCUGAUUUGUCCUUUGAUAACUGUAAAGACAAAUCUAACAAUAGCUCAAAAAGUGAUGAUAUACCACAAACUCUAACAGAAGAAGAUGUAAAUAGUUUUUUAAUAACUUCUUCAUGUGCUCCUAGUAUAAAAAAUCAAGAUGAUUUAAAGCUUCAAGAUAUGGAAAUCGAUAAACCUGUUGAAACCAUAAUGUCUAAAGACCAUACUAAAUCUGCUAAAACACUCUCUGUUGAGCCUAAUGCAACUUAUAAGAGCAGCUUAAACAAAAUUCCAGCUAUAAACUCACCUAAUAUACAAGAUCAACAUACUGAACUGAAAACUGGGAUUGUAAAACAUGAGCCAAUUUCUCACACUAAAUUACCCAAGAUUCCCUUAAAAUCGAAAUUAACAGUUUUCGAUUUUUGUAUUGAAAAAAAUGUUAAAAAGGAAAGAGAUGUAAAACAUGACAUUGAUGAUUUUGUGGAUGUUGAGUCUUGCAAUGAUUCUGUUAUACCAGUGCUUGAGGCAAACAAUUUAAAUUCUCUAUUAGAGCAAUUUGAAGCUACCGAAAAAUUAAAUAAGAAGAAAGAAAAAAUUGUUAAGGUGGAAACUACAGUGAAAUCUAAACCAAUAACAAGUUUAACCAAUGGAAUGCGAUUACAGGAUGCUGGUGUCCAAUUGAACAAAAACAAAAUGCGACAAAUUUUGAUGCCAUCAACAAUAAAUACUACAGCAAGAAGAUCUCCAAGCCCUGUGCAUUCAGAUCAUGACUACUGUACCACUAAAAAACGGCACAGCCUUCCAAACAUAACAGGCGGCCGUAGUUUAUUAAAACCUGAGGUCUUAUCCAGCAAUAAUAAGAUAUUAAGUUCAAGGCACAGAUCUUGUAAAAACAAGAAGAUAGUGUAUCAUCAAAGUAGUGAUGAAGAAAGUGAAAAGUGCAAUGCUAGUAAGAAAAAAGUUGUAAACAAUCGUGUUAGUGAUGAUGAUAGUGACAUUAGAAAGAAAUGUAGUAGUAAAGAAACUUUAAAAGUAAAUGCAAACAUUAAUUCACGUAAGAAAGUAUCUCCCGUGCAUUUUAUUUCUAACUGUAGUGUGGAUAAAAAUAACGGUUCUGUGAUGGUGAAAAAUGCUUCUAAAGCAAGUGAUACUGCAAGUAGUCAAAAUUCUAAUGGUAGUCUUAAAUUAACUAUUAAAAAUAAGUGUGAAGUUAUAAUUAGACAUGGUGAUGCUAAGGAACUAGAUAAAACAAAAAGUAGUAUUGCUGAAAAAUCUCUUGUUAAUUCAGAUAAGGAAAGUUUCGAGGAAACUAGAUUAGAGAAAUUCAAGCAUGCUAGUGAAAAAAGUGUUCCUGAAAAAAUUAAACAGGCUAAUGAGAAAACAGAUAAAGUUGCUGAGCAAGUCAAACAAGAACAUUCAAAGGCCGAUGAUUUCUACGUUACUCUAUUUAAAGAUAAAAAAGACGUACAAGUACCUCAAAAUAUAACGAAAACUACGGAAAAACGAAGUCACGAUGACGUCGAUCAAGUUCCACAUGAAUCCACGAAUGGGACUGAAAAUGAAAUACAGCCGCAAAAAAAGAAGAAGCUUAAUCUACAGGAAUAUAAAUUACGUCGAGAAAAUAAUAAUUCAAAUCAAAGUUCGGCGCAAGUGAGUCCAGAAGCAAUAUUCCCAGAAAUGCCGGGUAAUAUCAUUUUGGAUAAACCAAUUUCCAGCUGUCCACGGGAUUUGCCGGCUGCUAUCAAACCUGCAAGUGAUGAACAUAAUAAUAAAGCUACUGUCAGUUCUGAGACUUCUAAAAAGAUUUUCGACCCAAUUCGUGAGGCAUCUAGAAAAAUUCUUAUGAACACUAAGAAAUUAAAGGCCGAGGCUAUAAGAAAACGAGAUGAAGAUUUUAUAAUGAGUAAGAUACCUAAAGUUGAAAACCUGGAAUUACAACCUUUAAUUAGUGAUGCAGAAAUGCUGAAAAUUGUUAGUAUGUCUGCUAAUCCAAUUAUUUCUAUACCGAUUCCGAAAUCGAACGAAGCUUAUUAUCAGCCACCCAAAAACUAUGAUGAAAUUAUUGUGGUAAGUAUGGGCACUAAUACCGACGAAAAAGUUUUCAAGGUUACUGAAUCAAUACCUGAAAUAAAAAGAUAUAAACCACUGUCUCCAGCAAAAGAGAAUAAAUCUACUAUAAACUUUAAAAUAAAGAAAUCUGACAAUAUCCUAAAACACAAUGUUUUCGAAUCCAUGAAAACUGAGCACAGCCCUAAAGAUGAUCAAACUGCUGACAUAAAAAUAGAUGAAGAACGCUACAAAGGUAUAGCAGCUACUUUAAAAAGUGUAGGAAAACAAGUAGACACAAAGAUAUCUAGUAAUUCUCUCUUUGCAAGUAUACAAGACGUCGUAAUGAAAAAAGCUACUAAUGCACAUAAUACAAAUUCUCAUCCAGACCACAAACAAAAAUUAAUUACACCAGUACACAAAUUAGAAUUUGUAUACCCUAAACCUAUUAUUGUCCGGGACUAUGAUGAAAAUGCAGACCAUGGCGAGGACAAAAUCAUUCUUCAUUUAGAAAAAGGUAGAACGAAACCAGAAACGCGUGUUGCGACAGUUCAAACCGCUUGUACUGAAGUAUAUAAACAACUCACACUUGAAGUAACUGAACAAAAAACACCAAUAGAACAAACAAUAUCGCCACGAAAAAGGAACGAUAGUGACAUGUCAAUGUCUAGUGAGGGCAGCCCUGAAAGGCAGCUUCCUGUACCAAAGACUGAAAAUAAGCGUCAAGAUUUAAAACGCGAAAGAUCACCAGUAAAAGAAAAACGUUCACGUUCAAAAGAUCGGCAUGAAAUUAAGUACAGGCGCUCUAGAUCACACUCUCGUGGACAUCGGCGACACAGAUCAAGAACAAGAACUCGUUCAAGGUCCCGUGGAAGAUACAAGAGGUACAGGCGAUCUGAUUCACCGUAUCGAAGAAAAAGACGUUCUAGGUCUCCUUAUAGAUCCCCGCUGCGUCGAGAAUAUCGUUCCGUUCGUUCUGGAUCGAGGUACGCAGAAACUAAAAGCUCAAUUGCUAAGAAAAGUCCGCAAAAGAUCGAAAAAAAGACCAAAUCACUUACACCACCAAUAAGAAAACCAACUGUCUCUGAGAGUUCUGAUACAACUACUUCUUCCAGUUCUUCUUCGCGAUCCAAUACUAGUGGGUCUUCAUCGAUCUCAAGAGAAGCUACCAGCACGUUCCGAGGGAAUAACUCUAGGGCGACAGUUUUUAGGAAUUCUUACAGUUCUGAAGAUAGAGAGAGCAAUACGCCCGUAGAAGAAAGACGGAUAGUGUUUGUGGGAAGGUUAGAGCAGGACAUAAAUAAGUCUUUGUUGCGGAGUCAAUUCUCCAAGUUCGGACCCGUUACUGAAGUCAGACUGCAUAGCAAAGAGGAUGGGUCUCGCUACGGUUUUGUAACCUACCAGCGACCAAGGGACGCGUGGACAGCCGUGGAGGCGGCCUCAUCAUUUCCUCAGUAUGAUGUUGGAUUUGGUGGUAGACGAGCAUUCUGCAGGCAGAGUUAUGCAGAUCUUGAUGGGCUUGAGGCAAAAUAUACAGAGAGUGCAUUUCACGGCCAGGCGUCCGCGCCACCCCCGCGCAGGAGCGACGACAUGUCCUUCGAACAAAUGUUGCUAGAUAUAAAAAAGAAAUUACACAAUCGUAAAGGAGACAAAAGAUCGGAAGAUAGCGCUUGA